GAGCUAUUGAGGUGUGGCCAUCUUUUUUUUGCUGUUUGACUGUGAAUUUUGUCUGAUAAAAAGGGACUGAAUCUAACGCUUCCUGGUAAAUUUAGGUAAUUUGUAAGGAACCAUAAUGGCAGCUAUACGAAAGAAAUUGGUGAUUGUUGGUGAUGGAGCUUGCGGAAAGACUUGUCUUCUUAUUGUCUUUAGCAAAGACCAAUUCCCUGAAGUAUAUGUACCCACAGUAUUUGAAAACUACGUAGCAGACAUUGAAGUGGAUGGAAAAUGUGUUGAAUUAGCAUUAUGGGAUACAGCAGGGCAAGAAGAUUACGAUCGUCUUCGUCCUCUGUCAUAUCCAGAUACAGACGUCAUCCUAAUGUGCUUCUCCAUUGAUAAUCCAGACAGUUUAGAGAAUAUCCCAGAGAAAUGGACGCCAGAGGUGAAGCAUUUCUGCCCCAAUGUACCAGUGAUCUUAGUCGGCAACAAGAAGGAUUUGAGAAAUGAUGAGGCAACAAAGCGGGAACUACAGAAAAUGAAGCAAGAACCAGUUAAAUUUGAUGAAGGCCGAGCAAUGUCAGAGAAGAUUGGUGCUUUUGGCUACCUUGAGUGCUCAGCCAAAUCCAACGAGGGUGUAAGGGAAGUCUUUGAAACAGCCACGAGGGCAGCUCUACAGGUUGAAUUAGCAUUAUGGGAUACAGCAGGGCAAGAAGAUUACGAUCGUCUUCGUCCUCUGUCAUAUCCAGAUACAGACGUCAUCCUAAUGUGCUUCUCCAUUGAUAAUCCAGACAGUUUAGAGAACAUCUCUGAGAAAUGGACACCAGAGGUGAGACAUUUUUGUCCGAAUGUUCCUGUCAUCCUAGUGGGCAAUAAGAAAGAUCUAAGAAACGAUGAGGCAACAAGGCUAGAGCUCGCCCGGAUGAAACAAGAGCCGGUCAAGACCGAGGAAGGCAGACAAAUGAAAGAUAAGAUAAAUGCCUGCGUUUAUCUAGAAUGCUCAGCAAAGACCAUGGAUGGAGUGAGGGAAGUGUUUGACACAGCAACGAGGGCAGCUCUCAUGACCAAGAAACCCAAGAAAAGAAGAUGUAGACUCUUCUAAACGCAGAGUAGAGACAAUGAAUUAUUUUCCACCUGUGAGGGCGCUGUUUCGGCAGGGCUUACUCACAUUAGUGCCAAUAAUUAAUUUAACAUUAGUUAUUCUAUUCUGCCUCAACUGCCAAUUAAAC